GAACGCCAGCGUGAGGAAUGCAAUGCGCAAGUUCUUUUUCACAGAGCGACGGGCUUUGAAAGCACACAGGCUAGUGCGUCGGAGUUUUUCCUCAAGUUUUUCCUCGCGGAAAAUGCCCAAUGACAAUAAGCGGCAAGACAGGAGACAUCAAAUGAAUCACGCACCUUUAUCACCGUGCUCCCUUGACAUCAGUGACGAUGAACUUGUCUCCAUAUCAGUCAGAGACCUCAAUCGGCAGCUGAAAAUGCGUGGACUGUCCCGCGACGAAAUCGUCCGGAUGAAGCAAAGACGGCGGACGCUGAAGAAUCGAGGCUACGCCGCCAGCUGUCGGAUUAAGAGGAUAGAGCAAAAGGACGAGUUGGAGACAGAGAAGACCCAGGAGUACAGAGACCUGGAGUUGAUGGCUGAAAAUAAUAAUAAAAUGCGCGAAGAAAUCGACUCCCUCCACAACAAGUACCUUGCUCUAAAAAAGUUUGCAGCAGAAAAGGGCAUACCAUUACCGCCCGAACUCGAGGCUUUUCCAUGAUUUGCACUUUCACCCAAAGCAACAGUGGCAUCUCUUCCAUUUGGAGAAAUCUACUUUUCCAUUUCCUCAUUUUGCAUUUAUAAAUCAUGCAUUAAAUUAUUCUGAUUCCUUCGCUACGCUUUAAGCUUGCCUGCCAAAUCGAAGCUAUGCCACUGCCACCUCCACCAUGUACCUUUUGCAUUACGAUUGUAGCAGUAUUUUCCUGUACAGUGUGAUUUUAUCCUUGUGGUUGAUUGUAAAUGUCUACAAGAGCAGGAUUUUUUCUACAAAGAACGUGCCAUAGUUGUGAGCACAUUAAUUUUUUUGCGUGUUUCUUACCUGGUACAGAUAGGUGAGGUUAUCAUUUUGUUUCAUUUUGGAAAUGCUCAAUUUGUUCUUCCUGAAUUGAAUGCCAAAUGUGUGUGAAUUAAGUGGUGUAAUUGAUGCUUAGCAGGGUUCGCAAGUUUGGUAUUUACCAGCAUGGUAUUUAACGGUAAAUACCACCAAGUUUUUACCAGGUAUUCUGGUAUUUACCAGGAAAGGCCCGCAGACAAAAAAUUGCUGGUAAAUACCAUUAUUUACCACUGGUAAUUACCGCCUGGUAUGGUAAAAAUAUGAUAUUCUGGUAAAUUCCGAAGCCUGAUGCUUAAGCUACUUCCAAAUGUGAUAACGCACACAUUUAUUUCACUACAUAGGCAAAACUGCAGUUUGUUCCUUUCCUCGCCAACAUUUAAUGAUAACAAGAAAGACGCAUUUUUCUUGAGACGAAAGGCUAAGCAGACACAAUAAAUUUGCAUAUUCUGUA